CGAGGCCACACUCGAGAGGGAAAGGAAGAAGGCAAAAGCUGAAAAUAUCACCAUGGCUCUCCCUGCCGUCGCCUCCCCUCUCAAAACCCUAAACCCUACCCUGAGCCCAAGCUCCAUACACGGCCGCCGCCUCUUCAGCUCCUUCCUUCUCCGCUUGUCACCUCUGCUUCCACGAAGCGGCCCCCUCCGCUGCUCUGCUGCGUACGGCGAAGCUGCCGCGGCGCAGCCGGCUCCUCCGACGACGCCGCGGCCGGAUGAGAUCCCGUGGAGCAAGGACUUGUCCAACUCGGUGCGUCUGAUAGGGACGGUGGGAACCGACGUGGAGCUGCGGCAGCUGCCCAGCGGCGCCUCCGUCGCGCGGGGGCGCAUUGCCGUCUGGAAGUCGGCCACCGAGACCACAUGGGUAACCCUAGCAUUUUGGGAUGACUUGGCUGUUAUGGCCUCCGAGCAUGUGAAACAGGGAGACCGAAUAUUUGUUUCUGGACGGCUUGUAUCAGAUACUGUUGAUGAAGGGCCUGAAAAGCGGCAAGUUUACUACAAGGUUGUUGUUCAACAGUUGAAUUUCAUCGAGUCCUUCCAACCUGUGCGGUUAUAUGAAUCAGAGUCAAACCAGAAUACCCAAGGUGGAAAGCAUGGAUAUUAUGUCGAUAAUGAUUCUACCUCUGGAUCAACAGAGAAUAAGAAUGGGGAUUUCCUCAGUUCCUCCUCUCGUUCAACUGAGGCACUGUGGCAAGCAUUCUUCGCUAAUCCUCUUGACUGGUGGGAUAACAGGCAAAAUAAGAAGAACCCAAGAUAUCCAGACUUUAAGCAUAAGAGCACGGGUGAAGCAUUGUGGGUUGAUGGGAGGAACAAUCCUAACUGGGUCAUCUCUCAGUUGGCAGUUUUGGACUCGAGAAUGGGUUCCCUGCAAGACAGGGAGAGAAAACCAGUCUCCUUUAUGUAUGCUGAUGACUUCAUGACAUCUGACGCCAACACCUAAGUCUCCCCUACUGAGGGCGAAGCUUCUUAGUGACCCAGUCCCAAUUAUCUAGCUCCACGAUGUAUCAGUAUCAUGUAGCAAGCGUGCCCCAUGCUGCCUCAGUUUUGUUGUACAUAGGUAGGCCCUGGAAGCUUAUCAGUGAUGCGCACGGCCAUCGGUUCUAUGUCGAUAGUAAUGACAAAUUGCAGACUUGCCAAUGUAUUAGAAGCUCUAUUAUGUGAGAAAUGGUACAUCUGUUGUGGCGUUCCAUCAG